AUGCAGCUGUCUGCCUCUCGGAACCCUCCUCCUCCUCCGCCACCUCCGAGCUCUUCUUUCUCCGCCAACACCACCGCUUCUCAUUCCCAGGAUCGUCUUUCGGGUGAGAUGAGAAGUCGUGCUCCUCUUCCUGUCCCCUCUGGUGCGCAAUCUCUCCAAAACGGUCAUUCCCGCAAUCCCUCUGGCUUCGACAUGGCUGCCCGCAGUCCCCCCAACCAAAGCAAUACUAAGCAUGUUCCCUGCAAAUUCUUCCGCCAGGGAGCUUGCCAGGCCGGACCUGCCUGUCCAUUCUUACACUCUACCGAUGCUGCGAUCGACUAUGCGCCUUGCAAGUAUUUCACCAAGGGAAACUGCAAGUUCGGAACAAAGUGUGCGCUGGCGCAUAUACUUCCAGAUGGACGACGAGUCAAUCGACCGAACCCUAGUCUAGGAAUGGGAGGAAGCCAUCUCAACCUGGGCGGUCGUGUCAAUCCGCAAGCCUAUGUCAACCAGGAUUCUGCCUUGACAAACUCGGUACUUUCGCAACAGCGGAUGAAUGGCCACGAUCACCGAUAUGCGUCUCAACUUCCUCCCCAGGAAGAAUUCGCCGCUCUGCAUGCGCAGCAACAACCGCCGUACGAUGCGAUUCCCACGAUCGAUACGGGCUUGGCUUCGGAUGCUGGUUCCAAGUAUGGAUCACCUGUAGAAGAUAUUCGAUUCCCCAUGUCUCCAAACCACCGCCACUUGACAGCGCUCGAUGCACCGCUUCCCGCGUCCUUCGAUAGUCAAGGAAUCUCACACGCCGCUCGUUAUGGCCCUGUCGCCGCCUCCAUGCCAUCAAAGUUCGGGUUGGAACUGUCUCCGCCGGCCCAAAGAAUGGGAGCGCCUUCGGAUGCGCUUCGACAUCUUCGUGAUACUGCCUAUGGUACUGACUUGAGGAAGCCCACAAACUCUUCCUUCAUGGGGUCCUCUCCUCCUGGUGUACCAGAUGAUGCCUUUGGUCCACGGUUCCUACACUCCCAAAGACAGGUGAAACCGCGGGUGCUCUCGGCCAGUGUUCCUCGGCCCACGGCAUUGGAUGACUGGGAAGACAGCAAUUUCCCGAUGGAAGAAGAUUACCUACCCAUGAACCUGCAUGAUGAUGUCCUCACGCCACAGGAGAGACUGCGACGACUUUCACGAACGGAUAACGAGCUUAGCUCGAGCCACCGCGACCUCAGUGGUCUGGGAAUGACGGGAACGAGUCUUGGGAAGGUUGGCUCACCUCUAGCAUCUAGUCCAUCCCGGUUUGGCGCUCUGUUUGCCAAACAACGCCAAAAGAAAGAAGAGGAUGCUCACGGAACCUCGUUUACACACAUCGGUUCGCCCCUCCGUGAAUCUUCGUUGAGUCUGGGUACCAGCCCCAGCCUGAGGCCUAUUGGUAGCCGGCACAUUUCUGGCGAGGUCUCACCGUUUGUGUCCAGUCCCGCUCGGCAACCAUCGACAUCUAUGAUUUCUCAGCAGCUUAGUGGCAUGUCUCUCCACCCUGGCUCUGCUCGUCAUUCUUCAUCUGUGGGCUCCAGCAGCCGCUUGGAUCGUGCCGUCUCAUCACCAGUCAACACAAGCACCAUUGAUGAGGAGCAGAGUGAUUUGGUCUUUUCCAUGGAAGAGGAAGAGAACAACAAACGGAACAGCGCGUCUUGGAGUACUGAGAAGACUGGCGAGAACGACGAUGAGGAAUCAACACCCACCAGCAGCCUGAGCUUCCAGCCAUAG